CUCCUGGUAAUGGCUGGAGCGGAAUGGAAGCCAUUCCAUUCGCUCAGUUCAAACAAUGCCUUCCAUCUUUGAGGACGUAUUUACAUUUUUAGAGUGGUCAUUUGACUAUCUUGUCAAUAUAAUAGAACAUAUUUGGUUACUCAUACAAGAGAGGAAGAGGCGAAGGGAAAGGGAAACAGGACCCAAAAUCUGUCUUCUCCAGCAGGUGUCUUCUCCAGCACAUUUUAAAAAAAGGAUUAUGAAUGACGUCAUCAAGAAGGUACACAAGAAAGGAGAAUGGAAGGUGCUGGUCGUAGACAAGCUGAGCAUGAGGAUGAUGUCAUCCUGCUGUAAGAUGACAGAUAUCAUGUCAGAGGGCAUCACCAUUGUUGAAGACAUCGGCAAGAAACGGGAGCCUCUCCCAAGCAUGGAGGCCAUCUACUUAAUAACUCCCAAUGAUGAGACUGUGGAGGCACUCAUAGAUGACUUCAGAGACCCUCGGUCGCCCAGAUACAGAGGAGCUCACGUCUUCUUCACUGACACAAUCCCAGAUUCAUUGUUUAAUUUGUUGACGAAAUCCCGCGCGUCCAAAGCCAUGAAGACCUUGACUGAGAUCCACAUCGCCUUUCUGCCCUAUGAGUCUCAGGUGUUUUCCCUGGACAAGACAGAUGCCUUCCAGGACUUCUACAGCCCCUACAAGGCUGACAUUAAGCACAACAUGUUGGAGCGCUGUGCUGAGCAGAUCGCCACUCUCUGCAAUACCCUGAAGGAAUACCCUGGCGUCAGAUACAGAGGGGAGUAUAAAGACUGUACCACUCUGGCUCAGCUCCUGCAGGACAAGCUGGAUGGCUACAAGGCAGACAACCCCACCAUGGGAGAGGGUCCAGACAAGUCUCGCUCCCAGCUCCUGAUUCUGGACCGAGGCUUUGACCCGGUCUCUCCCAUCCUCCAUGAACUCACCCUCCAAGCCAUGGGCUAUGACCUGCUGGGCAUCGAGAACGACGUCUACAAGUAUGACACCAGCGGGAUGGGGGAGGUCAAGGAGAAGGCGGUGUUGCUGGAUGAGGACGAUGAUCUGUGGAUGAGUCUCAGACACAAGCACAUUGCAGAAGUCACCACGGCUGUGACCCGUUCUCUGAAAGAAUUCUCAUCCACCAAAAAGAUGAACACAGGAGAGAAGACCACAAUGAAAGACUUGGCUCAGAUGCUGAAGAAGAUGCCCCAGUAUCAGAAAGAGCUGAGCAAGUACUCCACCCACCUCCACCUGGCUGAGGACUGUAUGAACCGCUAUCAGGGCACUGUGGACAAGCUGUGUCGUGUGGAGCAGGACCUAGCGAUGGGUACGGACGCAGAGGGGGAGAAGAUCAAGGACCCCAUGAGGGCCAUCGUGCCCGUCCUGCUGGACAAAGACGUCACUGUCUUCGACAAGAUUCGCAUCAUCCUCCUCUAUAUCUUCAUGAAGAACGGUGUUUCGGAGGAGAACCUGUGUAAGCUCCUCCAGCAUGCUAACAUCCCUCCCGAGGACAGUGACAUCAUCUCCAACAUGGCCCAUAUGGGCAUGCCCAUCAUCUCAGAGGGGAAUCCGACCCGCAAGGUGAAGAAGACUGACCGGAAGGAGAGAGUGAGUGAGCAGACCUACCAGCUGUCCCGAUGGACCCCUCUUAUCAAGGACAUCAUGGAGGAUGCCAUUGAGGACAAACUGGAUCCAAAGCAGUACCCCUACAUCUCCCAACGAACUGCCUCCACCCACUCCAGCGCUCCAUCAAGUGCCCGGUACGGAAACUGGCACAAGAACAAGGGCCCCACAGAGAUGAAGACUGGUCCUCGGGUCAUCGUCUUCAUCAUCGGAGGCAUGACCUUUAGUGAGAUGCGCUGCGUCUACGAAGUCACACAGGCCAAUGGCAAAUGGGAGGCCAUCAUUGGCUCCACCCACAUGCUCACUCCCACCAAAUACCUGAAGGAGCUGCAGCACCCUGACUUCCUGGACCCCAACGCUGCCCCUGAGGAACCAGAGCCUGCCCCCGCAGAAUGAGUACACACAC